CCUUUCUCGACGUUUGUCUCGUUCCGGACUACGACCAUGAUACGGAGACAACGGAGUGUUAGCAUGAAACUUAUUAUUACGGUAGCACAUUCGCUAAGUUUGGUGCUAGUAACUUGCUUGUUGGCAAGGUCCGUAGCGUUCACGGCUCCGAGUCGCCCCGUGAGCGUCCCCCGCACGGUGGAACAUGCUCGGUUCGGGGCUGUGCCGGUAUCAUCCGUGAUGGCUCGUCACCGAUCCGCACGACAUCCUAUGUUUAUGACGGAGGAUGCGCCAGAAGCGCAGCGGGAAGAAACGAUUCCCGCGACUUCUCCCCAAGCCGUCCGGCAAAAGGUCGCCGCCGAAAAGGAAAAGAGCGGUCUUGCCAAGGCCGUCCUCCUCGCGGUCCCGCUCUUUUGCAAGUUUGUCAUUGUGUUGUGUAUCAAAUUUUUAACCGAUCUCGUCGUCUUUCCUCUUUUGUGGACCUAUCGGUUGGCACGCCUGACAAAAAAGAAGAUUCUCGGACUCUUUGGGAAACGAUCCAGCCCCUUUGAUGGCGCCAACGGAGACGUACAGGGGAAUAAGGACGCUCCCAACCAAGCCCUGCCACCGAAAAUGUCGAAAGGGUUGUAGUAGACAUUUUUUGUGGAAAUGAGGACCAGGAUUGGGUGCCGAGCCGUGUUAUAUAUGGAAUACAAUCACUAUAAGUUUCAAUUUCCUUUCGCUCU